AUGUCUGAAUUCAGAUCAGUCGCCUAUUUUGUCAACUGGGCAAUUUACGGCCGCAACUACAACCCGCAGGAUCUGCCCGCGAAGAAGCUCACACACAUCCUCUAUGCAUUCGCCAACGUUCGUCCCGAAAGCGGUGAAGUGUACUUGACCGACUCUUGGUCCGAUGUUGAGAAGCAUUACCCAACCGACUCAUGGAAUGACGUCGGUAACAAUGUAUACGGAUGCGUCAAGCAGCUUUUCCUGCUCAAGAAGCAGAACCGCAAGCUGAAGGUCUUGCUCUCUAUCGGUGGCUGGACGUACUCGGCCAAUUUCGCGCAGCCUGCGAGCUCCGAGGAGGGUCGGACUACUUUUGCCGAAUCGGCGACACGUCUGGUUCUGGAUCUGGGAUUUGAUGGUCUUGAUAUCGAUUGGGAAUACCCCAAAGAUGAUGCCGAGGCCGAGAACUUAGUUCGGUUGCUCCGGAAGUGCCGAGAGGUUCUCGACAGAGAGGCUGGUCCGAAUCGCCGUUUCUACUUGACAAUCGCUUGCCCUGCCGGCGCGAGCAACUACGAGAAGCUUAAAUUCCGGGAGAUGACCCCAGUGCUAGACUUCUAUAACCUCAUGGCGUACGACUUCGCCGGAAGCUGGGACGCCAACGCUGGCCACCAAGCGAACAUCGCGCCAUCAACUUCCAACCCUGCAUCUACACCUUUCUCGAUCAACGCAGCCGUAGACUACUACAUCAACAACGGUGGUGUACCACGUUCAAAGAUCGUCAUGGGCAUGCCACUCUACGGGCGUGCAUUUCAAAACACCGAUGGACCCGGCGCACCCUUCUCCGGGGUAGGAGAGGGCAGUUGGGAGAACGGGGUGUGGGAUUACAAGGCGCUGCCCAGACCCGGCGCUCAGGAACUGUUUGAUGAAGAAGCUGGUUCCUCGUAUUGCUAUGAUGGCGGUUCGCGCACGAUGGUCUCUUAUGAUACACCGUAUUUGGCGCAGAUCAAGGCGGACUACAUUCAAGAGCGCGGACUGGGUGGUGGUAUGUGGUGGGAAAGCAGCGGUGAUAAGGGUGGUAAGGAGGCUAACCCCGCGGAGGGAAGCUUGAUCGGCAUCUUUGUCGACGGUGUGGGCGGUGCAGACGCUUUGGAUCAGUCAGAGAAUGCCCUGGAGUACCCCGAGAGCAAGUAUGCCAACAUCCAAGCCGGUAUCCCGGAACAGUAG